AUGCUGGCUAGAUUCAUGAUCGCGGAGGAUGAGACGUUCAAACUUGCAUUCGUCAAUGGCGGCGGGGCGAGGGCUUGGUGGGGUGAGCUCUUGUUUUCCCAGGAUAUAUUCCAUGACAAUCGCACAUCUCCAGGAGCUCAGUUGCCGUCGGAAGGCGGGUGCCAGCUGGAGGCUCUACGCCGUGAUACUCCUUUGCCGAGUAGCCCAAUUCGGCAAAAGCUAGGGUAUCGUGUUGCCCGUCGUGGUAGAGGAGUACUCCGUACCUGUCCGCUGGUUCAAAAAGCGUUAUCAACGUCAACAGUGGUUAGGGACGACGAGAUGGAGGUUGGAAGGGAACGCUCCGUGCCAGAAGUGGUUAGACUCGCUCGGUGCUUUUAA